AUGGAAACGAAUUCUGUAGAGGAUGAAGAACGCCGUCGGAAAUCGGAGGCGGCUCGGCGGGCAGCAAUUCGCGAGCGAAUUGAACGCCAAAAAUUGAGAGAGAAACAGAUUGCUGAAGAUAUUGCAAAUGUCGAUAAGAAAUCGUCGAAGCGGAUCGUUUUUGACGACGAUAGCGAUGAGGAGCAGGAGGCGGUUGAGAAAGCACCGAAGAAGCCGAAGUUAUUCGAUAGCGAUGAUGAGGAAGGAGAGGAAGGGAAGGAGGAGGAGGAAUUGUUGAUAAAAAAUCGGCAUUCGGGUGUCAAAGGCGAGAAGCUGAUGAAGCUUGAAACUCGAUUUAAUAAUGAUCCACGAUUCAAAAUGGACGAUAAAUUUGCGGAAUCUGAUGAAUCAGAGGCGGAUGAAGCCGUUGAUGAUGAGCGAAAUGAAAUUCGCAUGGAAAAAGAGAAGAAUAGAGAAUUGUUAUCGAAAAUUCUCGGCAAAUCGAUUGGCGAUGAUAGCAAAUCGAAGAAAAAAAUAGAUGGAAGCGUUGCGAGACCCUUUACAAGAUUUGACCCUUUGAAUGAGGAACAUGUUGCUUGGAUGAAGCAAUUUGGAGAAAAACAGGAGAAAAAGAAGAAGAAAGAGGAAGAUGCGGGUCAAAACGAUGAGGAUGCUGAUGAGGAAGAGCAAGAGGAAGAAGAGGAACGAUCUGGGGAAGAGGAAUGCGAAAAGAAGGAGAUUUUUUAUGAGCUCGAUGAGAAGUUUUCCACAGAGCUUAAAGAACUAUCGGAAGGCAAAAAAUCGGAAAAUGGCUUCUCGUUUUUGGAAAUGAUUGGUCGAAAACACGACGAAGAGGACGCAGAAGCGGAAUCUACGAUUAGACCUGAAAUUCCCAAAGAGAAGCCAUCAGAAAUUGAUGUGACAAAACCGCUUUUGGCAACGAGUACUGUCAAAUCGACGAGAUUCUUCGUGGAUGCUUCCGAUGAGCAAAUUCGGAGUAUGGCGAUGAAUUUUCGGCGAACGCAAUCGAUCGAGAAGAUUAUUGAUCGAUGGACACCGCAUAGGGACGCCAUUUUUAAGGUUUGGAAAAAACAGAGAAGAGAUGCGCUGAAAAUAGAAAAAGAGAAGAUGUCAUGGAGUGGAAAUCGAAAACGAAAAUCGACUGGGACAAUAGGCCAAUGA